CACUACUAGUUUCGUGAGCUUAGCUGGCGAGCGCGGCAUCAUCGGAGGUCAAACGCCCUGCGACACUGCCACGCAACCGGCGCCUGACCUGCCUCUUCUGUCUCGCCAAUCACUCCUCUGUCCCCGAACGCACCGGAGACUAGACUCAACCCCCCACGGGCUCCGGUACUCGGGUCACUGUCAAUGCUUGCUUUAUGAACUGCCCUUCAAAGACCUCUUUUUUGGGGUUUAUUAUGAACAAGGCAGUGUUUUUCAGAGGAGUAGAGGAGAGUGAUGGUCCACUCUUGAUCUUGACCACCCACUCUCUCUCUGUGCUGUCUCUCUCUAAAAUUAUUAGUUUGAUUAGCAUAUAAAUACCCAGAAAUAUUUAUUUACUGUUAUGAUUUUUAAUUUUAUUGGGUCUCUCGUCAACUGAAGAAGCUGGAGACGUGAACCAGAGAGAGAGAGUAGGUAGAGAGAGAAAAAGGAGGCGCCGAAAAUUGACAUAGUUCGGUGAGCAGCAACGAGAAUUUGGAGGAGGAGAAGAAGAAGAAUUCAAGUUACUUGUGAUUGAGGUAAGUGUUGUGGACCUUGUGGUAGAGAGAGUAAGAGGAGGCGAAACAGAGCGAGGAGGCGUGCGUUUGUGAAGAAGAGAAUGUGUGGAUCAGGGAAUCAAUGUCUAUGAACCAUGGUCGAUCGGCAGAGCAUAGUGACGCUUACCUUUCUGUUGGUGCUGUUAUUCAGGUUUACAUUUGAGCAGCAAACCGAGAGACUGAGUUCCCGCUCCGAGCGAGCGGCUCUGCUCGAACUCAGAUCUUCGUUAGGGCUAAGAAGCAGGGAUUGGCCUAGAAAGGCAGACCCAUGCUCGAUUUGGACCGGUAUUCGAUGCCAAAACGGCAGCGUUGUUGGGAUUAACAUCUCCGGAUUUCGAAGGACGAGGAUUGGUACCCAAAACCCACAAUUCGCGGUCGAUGCACUUGCCAAUCUCACUCGGCUUGUCUCUUUUAACGCUUCAAGGUUCUUGCUUCCUGGUCCAAUACCUGACUGGUUUGGGCAGCGGCUCUUGUCGCUGCAAGUGCUUGAUCUUCGGUCGUGCUCGAUAAGAGAUGCUAUUCCGUCGACUAUCGGCAACAUGACUAAUUUGACGACUAUGAUUCUGGCCAAUAAUGCCUUGGCGGGUAGAGUUCCUUCGAGUAUGGGGCAAUUGUUGGGCCUUUCGGUUCUUGAUUUUUCCCGGAAUUCCAUUACUGGAUCUAUUCCGGUGACAUUUGGGUCUCUUGCGAACUUGACAGUACUUGAUAUGUCCAAUAAUUUUUUAUCUGGGUCGAUUCCUCAGGGCAUUGGUACCCUUUUGAAGCUUCAGUACUUGAAUCUUUCUGGCAACAGUCUAUCCGCUUCCAUACCUUCUCAACUUGGCAACCUAGAUAGGCUGGUUGACCUUGAUCUCAGCUCGAACACUUUGAGUGGCUCCCUGCCGCCUGACUUGGGAGCUUUGAGGAAUUUGCAGAAAAUGCUGAUUGGGGACAAUUUUCUUAGUGGGUCUUUGCCAGCCAAUUUAUUUCCUGUUCCAAGCCAGUUGCAGAUUGUAGUUCUGAGGAGCAACAAUUUCACUGAUGCUCUACCUGAGAUGCUGUGGGCAAUGCCUACAUUGCGGAUUCUUGAUGUCUCUGGCAAUAAUUUCACUGGUUUUCUUCCCGACGCUAGCUUGAGUGCCAAUGCAACUGCUGUACAAUGUAAUAUUUCAGGGAAUACGUUUUAUGGACUACUCAAACCUCUUCUUAGAAGGUGCAGUUUUGUUGAUCUAUCUGGGAAUUACUUUGAAGGCCGUAUCCCGGAUUAUCUGCUUGGUAAUGCAUCUUUUUUCAGCAAUUGCCUCCAAAAUAUCUCGAGGCAGAGGACAUUGGAGGACUGUGCAUCAUUCUACGCUGCUAGGGGCCUGACUUUUGAUAACUUUGGAUUUCCAAAUUCCACACCUCCUCCUGGUGAACAAGCUUCUGGAAAGAGCCACAGAAAUAUAAUUAUAUUGGCAAGUGUUCUUGGAGGAUUUGCAGUCAUUGUGAUUGUUUUGGUGCUAUUAUUGCUGUUUCUGUGCAUCCGGAAGAGGAAUGGCUCUGCGAAUCAAAGAGGUGUCGGUGUAGGACCAGUUCCUACAGAGACUACUCCUCCAGCCCCAGGAGCAUCAAUUAAUUUGUCCGGUUUGGGGGAUGGAUUUACAUAUCAGCAGCUACUUCAAGCUGCAGCUGACUUCAGUGAUACAAACCUCAUUAAACAUGGCCACUCCGGGGAUCUUUUCCGGGGGGUUUUAGAGAAUGGAAUUCCUGUAGUCAUAAAGAGAAUUGACUUACAGUCAAUUAAGAAGGAAUCAUACCUAGAGGAACUAGAAUUCUUUAGUAAGGUUUCACAUACGAGAUUGGUUCCCCUCUUUGGACACUGUUUAGAGAAUGAAAAUGAGAAGUUCCUGGUAUACAAGUACAUGCCAAAUGGAGAUUUAUCAAGUUCCUUAUACAGGAAAUUCAAUUCAGACGAUGAUAGUUUACAGUCGUUGGAUUGGAUUACAAGAUUAAAAAUAGCAUCAGGGGCAGCUGAGGGUCUAUCUUAUCUGCAUCAUGAAUGCACACCUCCUCUUGUACACAGAGAUGUUCAAGCAAGUAGUAUACUUCUGGAUGAUAAGUUUGAGGUACGACUAGGGAGCCUAAGUGAGCUUUGUGUUCAAGAAGGGGAGACUCAGCAGAGCAGAAUCACCAGGUUGCUGCGGUUGCCUCAGUCAUCUGAACAAGGUGCUUCAGGUUCAAUCACUGCAACGUGUGCCUAUGAUGUUUACUGCUUUGGAAAGGUAUUGCUUGAGCUUGUAACUGGUAAGCUCGGAAUCAGUGCAUCCAAUGAUACCCAAAUGAAGGAAUGGUUGGAACAAAUGCUACCGUGCAUAAGUAUAUAUAACAAGGAACUAGUGACAAAAAUUGUGGAUCCAUCUCUGAUCAUAGAUGAGGAUCUGUUAGAGGAGGUGUGGGCCAUGGCCAUUGUUGCCAAGUCUUGUCUCAAUCCGAAGCCUUCGAGACGUCCCCUCAUGAGAUACAUCCUAAAGGCAUUGGAGAAUCCGUUAAAAGUAGUGAGGGAAGAAAGUUCCGCGUCAGCAAGGCUUAGGGCAACCUCUUCUAGAGGGUCUUGGAAUGCUGCAGUAUUUGGUAGCUGGCGUCACAGCUUAUCUGAUGUAGCAGCAAUUCCGGCAACCUCCGCCGCAAGAGCAGAAGGAGGGAGUAGCAUGAAACAUUCUGGAACACCGGGUUCGCAGGGAAGUGGUAACAAUGGUGGAGGUGAACAUUCAUCCUCACGUAGAAGACAUUCUAAAGAGAUUUUUCCAGUAUUAUCAGACGUGCAAGAUCAAGAUUAGAGAGUUGUUGAUUGCCAUCCAUUCUUUGUCAAUAAUACAGCAGGCGGCUUCCCAUUCGAGUGCCUGCUCGCUUGUAACCCCUUGAAGCUACUCCGGAUCUCGGAGCAUUUCAACAAUCAUGGAGAUUUUGUCAUGGGAGCGGCUGUAUUAGUUUGUUGAUGAAUCCAGUUGGAAAGACCAAGAAUUCAGGAAGAGGGGUGCCAUUGAAGAUAAUUUUUUUUUGGGUUUGAUUGCUUGUUUUUGGUCAACAAGCUACCAUUUUUUAAGGUGUAAUUGAUCCUUGUUUGUGGUUCUCAUGCAUUGUAAAUUUACAGUAAUUGUUUAAAGAAAGAGAAUUCUUCCCCGGAA